CAGAUCCCGGCCAGCCGUGCCAAGCGUGCAACGCCGGCAAGCGCCGCGCUCUUGGGCGCUUGUGCUGGACGUGGCACCGGGCGGAGGCGGGCGCUGCUGCUGCGUGCAUGGAGCAGAGGCUGGCCGAGUUCCGGGCUGCCCGCCGCGGCACCCGCCACACCGCUCCCUCGGCAAAGCAGCCAGGAAAGGCGGCGGAGGCGGAGGCGGUGAAGGAGCAGGCCCAAGCCCGGCCCCCGCUGCUGAGUGAGGAAUCCAGUCAAAGGCCAGAAAGACCCCAAACUGAAGCCGUUACAUGCCCUGCACCAUGGUGGACCAGUUGCUUUCUUCUGAAUGUCAACUUUAUCAAGUUUCUCAUCUGGCUUGUCUUACUGGGACUGUUUGUGGAACUAGAGUUUGGUUUGCCUUAUUUUGUCCUAUCUAUGUUUUACUGGAUCUACGUAGGAACCCGCGGCCCUGGAGAAAGACAGAGUGGAGAAAGAAGUGCCUAUUCUGUCUUUAACCCAGGAUGUGAAGCCAUUGAUGGAACACUUACAGCAGAACAGUUUGAGAGAGAAUUACAGUAUCGGCCCUUAGCCCAGAGGUAACUAGUGCCUAUAUCGGUAUCACUAGGUCUCUCCCCUCCGCUUGAGCAAAAUAGGAACUGUUUCCUGUGAUAUUUUUCAUCUUUAGAAAUGUUUACAAUAUUGUAAUUAAAGAGUUGAGCUGCAGUUACUGUUUCUUAUACAAUAAACAACUAAAGACAGGAUAUUAAACAUACAUAUUCAGCCUCCCCUCCCCCAAAAAGGCUCCUGUUCUAGGCUACAUGGUUCUCACCACUGAAGCUGUUAUUUUCAUAGACAUCCUUUUCAAAUUAAAGCAAAAUAUCUUGGCCAGCUUUAUAUUAAAAGAUCCAGGAUGAAUGCAUGUACAAAUGUGCAUAUAUAUUUAGACCAAUGCCAAACAUUAAUAUAUACACCUAUUCCUUUCCUUGGGGUUUCUCUCCUCACCUAAGUCGAAUUUGGAGGCCUCAACAGAACCAGUUGGAGGGGCAGGGGCGACCUUACCUUUCAUUGAGCAAUAACCUCCAAGUCUGCGUAUAACUUCUUUUUAAAAUUUGAUCCACUCCAGUGUCAAAAGCAGAAGAGCCACAUUUGUGGAAAGGAUAAUGUGACCAUUAGGUUUGUAUUUCUACUGUAUGUGUGUUUGAUUAAUGUUCAUUGAACUGAAAAUUUGGAUCUACACCCCACUUUUAACAAAAGUCAGCUUACACAAAAAGUUAAACUGUACUACACCAGUGUGGUGUAGUGGUUAAGAGUGGUAGACUCGUAAUCUGGGGAACCGGGUUCGCGUUUCCGCUCCUCCACAUGCAGCUGCUGGGUGACCUUGGGCUAGUCACACUUCUUUGAAGUCUCUCAGCCCCACUCAGCUCACAGAGUGUUUGUUGUGGGGGAGGAAGGCAAAGUUAAAAGUUAGCCACUUUGAGACUCCUUCGGGUAGUGAUAAAGCGGGAUAUCAAAUCCAAACUCCUCUUCUAACACCACGCACAUAUGAACAAAACAGCUGCACUAAAUUGGCAGGGGAAAAACAGCAGAGAUCAUUUGCAGAAGUGGUAGAGCUAUGUACCAUCAGCAUACAGAUGACAUCUCAGCUCAAACUUCCGCAUUCCCAGUGGUUUCAUUUAAGGCACUUGCCUGGAAGCAAGUGAUAAUGAACAUUUGUAGGAUUGUGCUUCAAAUCACCUCCUAAUAGGUUAAUAGUAAUAGGUCAAUCACCUUUGUGAUUAAACUAACAAAAUAUGAGAAUGUGUUACAAAGGCUUGGAAAAGGCAAACAGAUUUUACUGGUGUGUUGUAUCAGGUGUUGCUUUCAGAAAGCCACAUAUUUUACUUUUUGAAAACAAGCAAGUUGACCAGUCUACCAGUUGAGGUACAAUGUUUUAAAUGAAUUUAGUACCUUUUAGCAGACAAUGUCUAAACACAUAUCAUACUGUUAAAAUGGAAUCCAUCAGCAUGGUUGGAGUGUUAACUCCUGUCCCUCGGAAGGGUAGCUCUGCUACUGUAAUUCCCCGGGACCCUGGACAUUGGAUGUGGAUGUAGAGAAAUUCCCUAGGCCAGUUUACUUGUGUGCAGUUCUGCAGACAGAUUCCCCACUCCCAUACUUGGGGGCCAUAGGAUAGUGGCGCCAUCUGAGUCAGUAGAGACUAUUAAAGCCUAUUUUCAACACUCUUAUUGAAUUUAUUACAUUUCACUAUUCGUGUGUGUGUGUGUGUGUGUGUGUGUGUGUGUGUGUGUGUGUGUGUGUGUGUUUACAAUGUCAGGCACCUGAUUUGAUUCCAUAAAGAUCAGCAUUAUUUGUAUUAGGGAUACAAGAGAUACCAGGUAUGCAAAUUUUACUUUUUUCAGUUGCUUACGUUUUGAAGAUUUAUUCAAUUCAUUCAUUGGUAUGUGUGGUUUCAAGGCCUGAUAUUUUUAAAAUGCAUGAAGGAAAAAAUAACUUCAUUGAUUCUGCUAAAGUAAACUGAGAUACAAAUAAAUUUAUGUCUGACAGAUCUUGGAAACCAUGAGGAGAAAAUUACACAGUUAACAUCCAGUUACAGGUUGUUAACAGUCGUCAACAGGUUUAUCACACCUAUCAGACAAUCACCCAUUCCUACCACCCUUCUGAGUAAUACCCCUCCCCACCUUCUCACUAUAUAUAAGGGUCUGGUGGCUUCCGUUUCAGUGUAUCUGAAGAAGUGUGCAUGCACACGAAAGCUCAUACCAAUGACAAACUCUAAGGUGCUACUGGAAGGAAUUUUUUUUAUUUUGUUACAGUUAACAUCAAUUGCAGCAAACCUUUAUGUGGUAAAUUACAUUGCUUUUGCAAGACAAGGAUUAAUUCGCACGCGCACAAAGGAACAUAAUUCAUAAUUUGUUACCCAUUUUUAUAACAUUUAAAAAUAAAUACAUG